ACGCCUCUCCUCCUCUUCCUCCCGCGGCAUCUGCAACCCAAGGUGGAGCCGGAGCGCGCCAAGACCUUUGCUUUAAAGAUGCCCAUGGAGCUAACGCAAAGCCGGAUCCAGAAAAUUUGGCUGCCACCGGAUAAUCACCCGGCGCUGCCCCAUAGAUCAUGUGGACCGCAGCUCACCAAUUCCCCCACUGUGAUUGUUAUGGUCGGCCUCCCAGCUCGCGGGAAAACCUACAUUUCCAAGAAGCUGACCCGCUACCUCAAUUGGAUUGGCGUCCCAACAAAAGUGUUUAAUGUGGGAGAGUAUCGUCGUGAGGCCGUGAGGCAUUACAGUUCCUAUAACUUUUUCCGGCCUGAUAACGAGGAGGCGAUGAAGGUCCGGAAACAAUGUGCCUUACAUGCUCUGAGAGAUGUCAAACUGUACUUGUCUGAGGAAGGUGGUCAGAUUGCGGUUUUUGAUGCUACAAACACGACGCGCGAGAGGAGAUCAAUGAUCUUGCAUUUUGCCAAAGAGAAUGGAUUCAAAGUGUUCUUCAUCGAAUCUGUCUGCAAUGACCCGAACGUUGUGGCUACCAACAUUAUGGAAGUCAAGUUGUCUAGCCCAGAUUACAAGGACUGCAACUCAACAGACGCUAUGGAAGACUUCAUGAAGAGAAUCAGCUGUUACCAAUCUAGCUACCAACCCCUUGACCCAGAUGUCUAUGAUAGAGAGCUGUCGCUUAUCAAAGUGAUUGACGUUGGCCGAAGGUACCUCGUGAACAAGGUCCAAGACCAUAUCCAGAGUCGUAUCGUCUACUACCUGAUGAACAUCCAUGUCCAGCCCCGCACCAUCUACCUGUGCCGGCACGGCGAGAGCGAAUCCAACCUCAAAGGGAAGAUUGGCGGGGACUCAGGACUGUCCAGCAGAGGGAAAAAGUUUUCUAGUGCACUGAACCGUUUUGUCCAGGAGCAGAACCUGAAAGAUCUCAAAGUUUGGACCAGCCAGCUGAAGAGGACCAUCCAGACAGCGGAAGCUCUUGAGCUGCCCUACGAGCAGUGGAAGGCGUUGAAUGAAAUUGAUGCCGGAGUGUGUGAAGAGAUGUCUUACGAUGAAAUCAAGGAGAAGCAUCCUGAAGAAUUCGCUUUGCGUGACCAGGACAAAUACUAUUACCGCUACCCAUCUGGAGAGUCCUACCAAGACCUGGUGCAGCGUCUAGAGCCGGUUAUCAUGGAGCUGGAGAGGCAGGAGAACGUCCUCGUCAUCUGUCACCAGGCCGUGAUGAGGUGUCUCCUGGCCUACUUCCUUGACAAGAGUGCAGAGGAAAUGCCUUACUUGAAAUGUCCCCUCCACACAGUGCUCAAGCUCACCCCUGUGGCCUAUGGUUGCAGAGUGGAGUCCAUCUGUUUGAACAUUGAAGCUGUGAACACGCACCGGGACAGACCAGAGGUGAGGGGCCCCUGGCCUCCUGUGGGACCCUCCUCCCCCCCGCCCCGGGUAGUUGGAAAGCACCUGGGUAAACACCUGUAUUUUAGGAAGACAGUCAAAGAUGGAUUCCCUCCUGUUGAUGCAAAGAAGGGGCCUAACACCCUCAUGAGACGCAAUAGCGUCACCCCUCUAGCGAGCCCAGAGCCCACCAAAAAACCUCGCAUCAACAGCUUUGAGGAGCAUGUAGCUGCCGCUGCUUCUGCUGCCCUGCCCACCUGUAUGCCCCAGGAGGUGCCCUCACAACUGCCCGGACAACCUUUACUAGGGAGGCCCUGCCUACGACCCAUUUGUCACUUUUUCAAGCUUUUUGCUUUACUAAUAUUUCCCAGGUAA